AGCUACAUUUUCCAUUCAGCUAACAUAACACCUCUAAUAAAAAGAAGACCUCUACUUUAUAGAAAACAAAAUGCAGCAGCUAGAGAGUAAAGACUCAGCUUCUUCCUUGCCUGUUCUUCCAAGAUUAGAUCGCUUGGAUUUCCUGCUGCAGGUUCUGGAAGAGAAGCAUGGAAUGUCAGGAAGAAAUAAGAAAGGAGAAGAAGAAUACUGCAGGAGUACUCUGAGUCUAUCUACUGCACUGCAAGAGGUUCAUCACAAAGGCACACUUGUUGACCGACUCACUGCACUCGAGAAUCGAGUUUUUAAGUUGCAGCUAAGCUUAGAAAUGGAAGAAGGGAACACAUCAAGAUCGAGCUCAACCAAGUCAAGGAAUGACAACGAAGACGUAAAGGCUAAUCUCAAACAGAAACAGCUUCCGGAAGAAGCCUCGACAAGAUCUGUAAGUAGUGGGAAAACAGAAAAAGAUGUUAACAAUGCUAAAAUGACAAGGAAAAAAUGGCUCCUUGGCAGCUGGCUCCGAUUGGGAUGUAAUUAAAAUUAAAAGUCUGAAAAUAUGUAUGUAAUUUAAUUCUCAGUACUUGCAAUUUGUACUUGUUUAAGCUUCAAGUGGAUUGAUUGCUUAUGAUUUUCUGAUCCAAUCAUAUCUACCUGCUACCGGCUAGAUUCAAAAUUUAGACGUUUGUUUUUUAUUAUGAG